GGUAGAGAGGGCCUUAGAUGCGAAGACGCUCCGGUUUGCCCUACGACGAUUGCCAGUGCUCGCCGCCUCGGUCUCUUAAAUCAUGUCCCCUCGUUUCCUUCUUCAGCCCUCUCUCAGGGCUUUCACAGGCUCUUCCUCCGUUCAGAGCCCGUUCGCCGCCCUAUCUCUUAACCCCUCGAAGACCACCGUCCGAGCCGGUUCUGCGGCGUCAAGGGAACGCCGGAGACAUGACCCCUUCCUGACAGCCCAGUCUCGCCAGCGCAAGGCGGCCAAUCUCUCUCGUCAACAAGCUCUCGCCAAGGAACGUGAACAAGCCUUGGGAGACCCAGUGAAAAGCCAACCGACCCCCUUCAUUCAAGAAUUGCAAAAGACCGAGGCCGAAGCAAAUGACACCAGGCUCAACUUCUUCGUCGAAGAUGAGGAACUUAAGAAAGCUCUCAAAUACUCCAAGGACUUGACUGCGCCUCUCCGGAACCCCAACCCGGAUACUACCGACCCUCAACUUGAGCAACAGCAAGCUGAGGAACAUUCUGAGCAGCACCGUAAUGCACAGGAAGCGAUCAACCGGAUCAUGAACAUUGCCAACGGAAACAACCAAGACCGCAUGCGCCUCCAUAUUCAGAAAUGCAUUGAGACAUUUGGGCGACACCAGACGGACAAGACAUUGCCCCCCAAGCCAGCGUCUGUGAGCGAUGAUUCCGCGACUGUUCGCCCCGAAAAGACCCCCCGUGUUGGCCGUGACACUGGCUCUCCAGAAGUGCAGGUAGCCAUCUUGACCGCCAAGAUCAUCAACCUGUCCAGACAUCUUGAGGGCACGAACAAGGAUAAACACAACAAGCGCAACCUACGACUUCUCGUGCACAGGCGACAGAAGCUUCUUCGUUACCUCCGGCGGAAGGAGCGCGGAGGUCCUAGGUGGCAGCACCUGAUCGAGACUCUCGGACUCUCGGACGCAUCUUGGCAGGGUGAGAUUAGCAUGUAAUGGGCCUCUGCCGGCGUUUGUACUUCAUUGGUUGAUUUCUUCUAUCUCCCCCUUUCCGGAUUAUACUUCUGGCGUGUAAACUUAUGACAUUUGAAACCGUUCCCCAUUUCUUCGCCAUGCAGCAACUAUGAUACAGAGUCGGCGGCAUUGUUUUCUUCUAGUGUCCCCUUUCCCCAGCAUUAUCUGGUUGUCUUCAGAACCUCGCUGUGUACUGUAUAAAUAUUACUAUCAUUGUUGC